AUGACAAACGGCCAAUCAUUAGGAUUAAUUGUUACCGCUAAGCAAAAAUAUUACCCAAUUGAACUCUCUAACGCUGAGCUUUUGGCCCACUAUGAAAUGAUCCAGGAGUACCAACAGGAUAUCUCUGCUAAUGUCCUUGAGCAAUCUAUGAAAUUUAAACCAAACCCAAAGUUGAUCGACCAACAACCUGAAAUGAAACCAGAAGAUACUAGAGAAGCUAUUGUCACUUUCCUCUUUGAGUUGUCAGUGAUGACCCGCGUGACCAAUGGUAUCUUUGUGCAGGCGGUUAGAUUAUAUGACCGUUACUGCUCAAAAAGAGUGGUGUUAAAAGAUCAAGCGAAGCUGGUAGUGGCUACUUGUCUCUGGCUCGCAGCUAAGACUUGGGGUGGUUGCAACCAUAUUAUCAACAACGUAAUUGUCCCAACAGGUGGAAGGUUUUACGGUCCAAAUCCAAGAGCAAGAAUUCCAAGACUUUCUGAGCUAGUCUUGUAUUGUGGCGGGUCCAACAAUUUUGAUGAGUCAAUGUUCUUGCAAAUGGAAAGACAUAUACUAGACACACUUAACUGGGAUGUUUACGAGCCCAUGCUAAAUGACUAUGUUUUGAAUGCUGAUGAAAACUGCUUAAUCCAAUAUGAACUAUAUGAAAGGCAACUUGAACAUAGAAGAAAACGUCAGUCUCAAGCCUCCACAGAUAGCGAUGCUACCGUUGAUGACAUAGAUCUUGAUAUCAAAGGUCACAGUAUCGAAGAAGAUGAUGAAGACGAAGAGUUGAAAAGUAAGAUUCAACUAAUCAACUUGAAAAGAUUCUUAAUGGAACUUGCUUCAUUCAAAUAUGAGUUUCUAUCUUUUGAGCUCUUCGAAGUUGCACAAGGUAUCUUCCAUAUAAUCAACAGAUUUGCAAGUUCUGAUCAAGGCCCGUUUUUGGCUACCCCUGCUACAAAUAUGGAGAAGCAAUCCAAACUUGAAACUUUAUUUAUUGAUGCUAUAACUGAAACACCAAAGUCUUUAGCCGAAGUCUACAAGAAUCAACCAGGUAUUUCAGCCUUUAUUACUAGUAUCAAUAAUUACAAGAGCAUUCUUCAAAAGAAACUGGAACUGGCCGCCUCCUUGGAUCUAUCAAGAACAAUUCCUGUCUCUUGCAAUUACGAGUCAAUUUCAUCUUCUAAUAUGCCCUCACCUGUAUAUUCAGCACAAAGCCAUACACCAAUGAGAAAUGUAAGUGCUAACUCCGAGAAUAGCAUAUUCAGCGUAAUGGAACAAUCGUCACCUAUUACACCACAAAUGUACAGUUUUGAACAUAAACCAGGUGGAAGUGUAUGUGGCAGUUCACCUAGUGUCAGUAGUCUUGUAAACUACCGAACAAAGCGGGGCUACGACCAAGAUAUAAGUGAUACUUCUAUGAAUAUGGAAAAUAAGGAAAAUAUACAUCCAAAUGGGGUUGCUAGCCAUAUCGCCCCACCGCGUGCUAAAUUUGUGGGCACAGGGAUGUACCACUCCCCAAGUGAUUCUUCACAUAAUGCUGGCGCUAAUAGCAGUAGAUCAUCCUUAAUCUCCUUGCCUGUUGCGAAUGUCAAUUCAAUUAUGUGA